AUGGACCAUCAACUCCACGAGCAAUCGAAGACCACUCAGAGAAGAACAGCUUAAAUAAAUUAAAAAAAAAAAAACUAGCGAUUGGUUAGAAGGAUGGAGAAAUGGAAAUCGACUUCUGGCUGAGGAAUCCCAAGAGAAUUGCACUGGCGGCUUUUCUGUUGUGUACAGGAAUUGGCUGUACAACAGUGGGCAUUCAUCUGUCGUAUAAACACAUCGCCCCUCAGCAGGAGCGUAUUAAGAAGCGCAGCGACUUCGUCAGGGAGCGCCUCAGAGCACGCCGCUCUGGCUACUAAGAAGUUCACCCCUCUUUCAAUUCUUCCAUAUCAUUUGUUAUCUGGAAAAACGUCCAUCAUACAAGCCAUGUCUGAGAACGAAAUAGAAAUGGCGUCAGAGUCUCCUACACCCAGGACCAUCAGAGCCACUGUCGUUCAAGCUUCAACUAUUUUCUACGACACGCCUGCCACUCUUGAUAAAGCAGAAAGAUUGAUAGCAGAAGGGGCUGCUUAUGGGUCUCAAUUGCUUGUGUUUCCUGAAGCAUUUAUUGGAGGCUAUCCUAGAGGAUCAAAUUUUGGAGUUAUAAUUGGUAAUCGCUCUCUGAAAGGACGGGAGGAGUUCCGGAAAUAUCAUGCUUCUGCUAUUGAUGUACCAGGUCCUGAGGUGGAGAGGAUAGCAGCUGCAGCCGGGAAGUAUAAAGUUCAUGUAGUAAUGGGUGUGAUUGAGCGAGCAGGUUUCACUCUCUAUUGCACAGUUCUUUUCUUUGAUUCUCAAGGACAAUUCCUAGGGAAGCACCGCAAACUAAUGCCAACAGCUUUGGAGCGUGUUAUCUGGGGAUUUGGUGAUGGAUCUACCUUACCUGUAUAUGAUACAACGAUAGGGCGUAUGGGUGCAGUUAUAUGCUGGGAAAACCGAAUGCCUCUUUUGAGAACUGCCAUGUAUGCCAAGGGGAUAGAACUCUACUGUGCACCUACUGCAGAUUCAAGGGAAUUGUGGCAAGCAUCAAUGGCCCAUAUAGCUGCUGAAGGUGGGUGCUUUGUGCUCUCAUCUAAUCAAUUCUGCAGAAGAAAGGACUAUCCUUCUCCACCAGACUAUGUCUUUGGAGGAACAGAUGAGGAACCCAGUCCAGAGAGUGUUGUAUGUGCAGGUGGCAGUGUUAUUAUUUCUCCAUCGGGUACUGUCUUGGCAGGGCCCAAUUUUGAAGGGGAGGCUCUAAUUUCUGCAGAUCUUGAUUUUGGUGAAAUAGUACGAGCAAAAUUUGAGUUCGAUGUUGUUGGUCACUAUGCACGACCAGAAGUGUUGAGACUGAUAGUAAAUGACCGCCCAUUUGACCCUGUUGCAUUUUCUUCAGGAACAGCAGCACCGGAAAAAAAGGAUGCCAAUAAUCUGCAACUUUAAUUUAUCCGCAAAUAAUGUUACUAGAAAGAACUCAGCUAUUAAUAGCUUUAAUGCAGUUAUAUUCUCAUAGUUAUACCUCGAACAAAAUAAUAUCCCUUAAAAAGUACUUGGAAGUUGAACUUUUAUGCUGGCCUACAGUAAAUUAAAUGUUGGAGGAGUCACUUCUCCAAACAUUCUCCUUUGUACAUAGAUAUUGUCUGCAUGGAGUGCUAAUGUGCUGUAGUUUUCUACCAAUAGCUCUUCAAACAGAUCUAAGAUAACUACUUGGAAGAAACAUUUGUCUAUCUGUAAUUACCAUUUGUGUUACACUACUUCACAGAGCUUUCCGUGCUCUCACAUCUCCAGUAAAUAUUAAUCUCGAUUAUAUCCAA